CACACCACAGUUUAACUUGUCAGAUAUUAGCGUGGCUGAAUUUAUGUAUACGCAUACAAUCCUUUGCUGCUGCUACUUGCUACUGGUACUACUAGUUUUUUUUUAAAGCUUAAUCAUUGCUUCCAAAUUUAUUAUAGGUAUCCACAACCACAAUCCACAAGAGAGAGUAAAGCAACAACAACACAUCACAGUGAAUUCGAUCCAAAACAAAUCCUUGGGAUAUAUUAUCAUCAAACACACAGCCUUUUCUUUCUUACUUUUUUUUGUGUGUUUAAUCUUAAAGUAAUUUAAUACAAUACUGACUAGUAUAGUAGUAGUAUAAAGAUUUUAUAAGUUGAGUGGUGGAGGCGGUGGUGCUGAUUCAGAGAGUGGGGUAUUGGGAGAAGAGAGAGAGAGAGAGAGAGGAGAUAAAAGGGGACAGAACAUUCUGAGGCUUUCAGAUUUGCACUACGGUGAAGGAAGACGAAACAGCUCAUCUUCUUUGAUUCUCUCUUGUUUUUUUUUGCUCUUUCUCUCUUUCUUUUUUACUUAGAGCUUUUCUUUCUUUUCUUUUUUUUUUGUUGGAUUGCUGUUUUGUGUUUUGUCGGAUUACUCUUGGAUUACAGUUCUCUGUUCCUCUCUCUGUCUCUACACACAGCAGCAGCAAUAUUGCCCACACUUUUUUCUUGCCUCUGUCUCGUUUCAUUUCAUCGAAUUGAUCCUUAAACAAGGUUUCUUUUUCCCACCCAAAGAGAAAGAGAGCAGAACAAUCUUCAGAAACUUCUUCCUGGUUUGUUUAUUUGUGAGAAAUGAAGUUUAUGAAACUUGGAUCCAAACCGGAUUCGUUUCAGUCCGAUGAAGAUUCCAUAAGAUAUGUAGCAACUGAGUUAGCGACUGAUGUAGUUGUAAAUGUUGGGGAUGUCAAAUUCUAUCUGCAUAAGUUUCCUCUUCUGUCUAAAAGCGCUCGUCUUCAGAAGUUAAUCGCCACAACCACGAGCGAUGAACAAUCAGAUGAUGAAAUCCGCAUCCCCGAUAUCCCGGGAGGGCCUCCAGCGUUUGAGAUAUGCGCUAAAUUCUGUUAUGGAAUGACUGUGACCCUCAACGCAUACAAUGUUGUAGCUGUGCGUUGCGCUGCUGAGUAUCUCGAGAUGUAUGAAUCCAUUGAAAGCGGGAAUCUUGUUUACAAGAUCGAGGUUUUCUUGAACUCGAGUGUUUUAAGAAGCUGGAAAGACUCCAUCAUAGUUCUACAGACGACAAGAUCAUUUUAUCCGUGGUCAGAAGAUGUGAAAAUCAAUGUACGGUGUUUGGAGUCGAUCGCUUCAAAAGCUGCUAUUGAUUCAGCAAGAGUAGAUUGGUCUUAUACGUAUAACCGAAGAAAGCUUCGUCCACCUGAGAUUAACAACAACGGCGUACCAAGAGAUUGGUGGAUAGAGGAUCUCACUGAGCUUAGCAUUGAUUUAUUCAAAAGAGUGAUUUCGACUAUCAGAAGAAAAGGCGGGGUUUUGCCUGAGUUUAUAGGAGAAGCUCUUGAGGUUUAUGCAGCAAAGAGAAACCGUGGUUUACUGAUCCAAGAUGGUGACGAUGAUGCAGAUGUAUUCGAACACAGAUCUUUGUUGGAGACAUUGGUUUCUUUGUUGCCUAGUGAGAAACAGAGUGUUUCUUGUGGAUUCUUGAUCAAACUACUGAAAUCCUCUGUUUCUUCGGAAUGUGGAGAAGAAGAGAGGAAAGAGCUAAGUAGAAGAAUCGGAGAGAAGCUAGAGGAAGCAAAUGUGAGUGAUCUCUUGAUCAGAGCUCCAGAUGGAGGUGAAACAGUCUAUGACAUCGACAUAGUUGAAACCUUAAUCGAUGAGUUUGUUAAACAAACACAGAAAAGAGACGAGCUUGAUUGCUCAGACGACAUCAACGAAGGAAAUGGUUUUGUUCCAGACAGUUCAAAAGCAAAUGUCGCCAAGUUAAUCGAUGGAUACUUAGCUGAAAUCUCCAGAGUCGAACCCAAUUUAUCUUCUUUAAAGUUCAUCGCAAUUGCAGAAAAGGUUUCAAAUUUCCCAAGAUCAUCACACGAUGGUGUUUAUCGUGCCAUUGACAUGUUCUUAAAGCAACAUCCAGGAAUAACAAAAAGCGAGAAGAAAUCAAUAUGCAGAUUAAUGGAUUGCCGGAAACUAUCGCCGGAAGCAUGUGCUCACGCCGUGCAAAACGAGAGGUUACCUUUAAGAGUCGUAGUGCAGAUCCUCUUCUUCGAGCAAGUACGUGCCACGUGUCCCACAGCGAAACCCUCUCUUCCACCAAGCGGCUCUCACGGGAGCUCGAGGACAACAACGGAAGAAGAGUGUGACUCAGUCACGGCCACGGAGGAGACGACGACGACGAGAGACAAGACGAGUAGUUCUGAGAAAACGAAAGCUAAAGGAGUUGUAAUAUCUCGGAUAUUUUCGAAGCUUUGGACAGGUAAAGAUAGAGACGGUGUUGGAGAUGUUAGUAGCACAGAUACAUCUGAAAGCCCUGGCUCAGCCACCACCGUCGGUGAUAAAUCGACGCCGUCGACUCGCCGCAGAAAAUCAUCGUCUUAACUUUUAGAUAUAAUUUGGGCUUUCUAAUUAGGCCUUUUAUAUUUUAAUCUAACUUUGCCUUUAGAUCGAAUUUGGGUCAGUUUUUUUUGGUGAUUAUAUAAACCCAAAGCUUUUGGUUUAUGUAACCGUUACAAUUUUGAGAUAUCCAAAUUCUAAUGAUGCCUUUAAGGCUUUAGAAUU